AUACGCACUCCGCGUUGCCCGCGAAUAAUCUCGACAGCCCGACUUCGGCGUGCGAGCAUCAGCGUAACGGUGUCCUCCAACGGGCUUUGUUCUUCUCUAGCGCAACAGACGCAGCAACCAAUCUAAAUGGAUAAAAUGGAGCAAGGACCAUCACCGCAUCAACCUGGUUUCAUGCCACCUGCUUAUGUGCCGCAACCUGGUUACAUGCCGCCGCAACCGGACAUGAGAUGUCCGCUGCCCAACCCCAACCCACCCCCACAACAAAACGUGGUCAUAUCGAGUGUGGCCUUCGGACCUGAAUCGCAACACAUGAUCUGCCCGCACUGCCAUGCCAACGUAUCCACCCGCAUAGAGACUGAAGCGAACACGAAGACGCAUCUAUUUGCAUUGCUCCUCUGUCUACUGGGAUGCUGGUGUUGCGCACCUUGUCCUUACUGCAUGGAUACCUGUAUGGUGAAGAAACAUUAUUGUCCAGCAUGUACCGCUUAUCUGGGAUCGUCUGAUAACUAAUCUUAGCGUAGGAAUAAAGAAUUGCGACUAUACCGAUGUCAAACAUCGAUUGUUAUUCACGCGAAUCACGUGCGUAAACGACACAAUGCAAAUUUCAUUAGAUGCAUUUUAGAUGAGGACACAUUAUCGAGUUAUCUGCGCAUAAAGCUAUACUGCAAAACUGGUUUUUGUAAGAUUUAUAUAAUUUCAGUUUUGUUAUUUUUAUAAUCUACUCUUCUUCUUUAUCUUUGUAAGCAUUAAUAAGGAAAAUUACAUGUGUGUUUAUAUAUUAUUCGUACUAUUUGAAAAAAUUUCUACUUAAUAUGUACAUAUACAUAUACAUAUAUAAUGAAGCGAUCAAAGAGAAAGCACUGUAUGACUCUUUUAAAUAUUCCUCGUAAUUUUUAUAUUGUAUCUGUGACUGCCCUAUAAAUGAAAGUACUGUAAAAUUUAUAUACUUUUAUAUCAAUUUAAAACAGAAAUUUCAAGCAAAAUGUUAGCUGAAGGUAAAAGUAAUAAUGUACAGUUAUUUCUUCUCGUGUGAAACAUUUAUUGAACCGGAAAUAAGUGUUUACAUUUAAAUAUAAUAAUUUUGAAUUCUUAAAGAAUAGGAACAAAGCAAGAAAAAAUAUAUAUUAAUUUAUAUUAUUUUACAUUAA